AUGAAGGCGGCGCCGCUGCCACCGCCGGCGGACGACGACGAAGAGAUGGCGGCGUGGAAGGCGCCGGCCGCGAUGCUCCUGGUGCAGCUGUUCAACACGGGCAUGGUGCUGCUGUCCAAGGUGGCCAUCGGCGGCGGCAUGUUCGUCUUCGCGCUCCUCACCUACCGCAGCCUCUUCGGCGCCGCCUUCAUCCUCCCCAUCGCGCUCCUCCGAGAGAGGGGGAAGUGGAAAGAGAUGGACUGGCACGCUGCUGGAUGGAUCUUCCUCAAUGCGUUCAUCGGAUAUGCCAUACCAAUGAGCCUAUACUACUACGGCCUUCAAGACACAACGGCGUCAUACGCCAUUAUAUUCCUCAACUUAAUUCCGUUGACAACCUUCAUACUCUCCUUCAUGUUGAGGAUGGAGCCACUGCGAAUCAUGAGCACGUCAGGAUCGCUUAAGAUUGCAGGAGUUGUGGUGUCCGUCGGGGGCACAAUGAUCAUCAGCCUAUACAAGGGAAAGAUUUUGCAUCUAUGGAACCCUGUUUUUCAUCCGCACAAUGAAGACGCUGCGAGCCAUCAGCUACGUGGAUCAAUCUUUUUGGCAGGCAGCAGCUUCAUGCUUGCUUGCUGGUACCUAAUCCAGUCGAAGGUUAUGAAGGUAUAUCCGUACAAAUAUUGGUCAUCCAUGACUACGUGCUUGGUUGGAGGGUUUCAGACAGCACUUGCUGGACUCAUAUUUAGGAGGGACAAGAACGCCUGGAAGAUAGGAUGGGAUAUAAACCUUCUCACCGUCGUUUACUCAGGGGCACUUGCAACGGCACUAAAAUAUAGCCUUAACUCAUGGGCUGUGUCUAAGAAAGGCCCAUCAUACCCUCCAAUGUUCAGCCCAUUGUCUGUGGUGUUCACUGUUGUGCUGGGCUCUAUUUUCAUCGGUGAUGACAUCACUAUUGGAAGCCUCAUCGGGACAGUUCUGGUGAUUGUUGGGACCUACAUCUUCCUUUGGGCCAAAGCAAAUGAGCGACUUGAAAAGUGA